CACCCAAAAUAAUCGAUGGCACCGACGCAGGACAAAAAUCUUCUAAAUAUAUGGCAGCCAUAAAAAGGAGUGGCGAAUUUAUUUGUGGCGGGACCUUGAUUACCAAACGAUUUGUUUUAUCAGCUGCCCAUUGCAUGGAAAGUUCAACCGACCUAUCCGUGAUGUUGGGAGCACACAAUAAAAGCAAUCCGGAACUAGAGAUACCAGUCAUCCAAACAAUAAAGCACCAGCAUUUUAAUCGUAACGAUUUAAGCAAUGAUAUUGGCUUGCUGAAGCUGUCGCACGACGUGGUGAUUGGAAAUCUUAUUCAACCAGUAUGCAUUUAUGUGGACAAGAACAGUAUGUGGCGAGCCGAGCAGCCGACUUUCAAAGCUCUUGGCUGGGGAAAAACAAGGCAUGCCAAUGAUAGCGAAAUACUUCAAUCAGUUAUGCUUAGCCGAAAAGAUUUAUCACAUUGCCAAAACUUGGUAAAUGUGGAUAUCUAUUUGACGCAGAUCUGUGCUGAAGGGCAGGGAUUCGGAGACUCCUGUACUGGCGAUUCUGGCGGGCCUCUCAUCGUUUCGGUUGAUAAACUGGAAACUCAGAUCGGGAUCGUGAGCUACGGCUUAAGUCAAUGCACUGGUUUAGCACUGUAUACCGAUGUAACCAAGUUUGUCGACUGGAUUGCCGAAAGCAUAAGGUUAAAUGAGGUUGCUUUGAGUGGCAGAAUUCCCAUCUUUUCACAGCCUGAAGUGCAGCCAUCCAUUUGGUUGCAUAGAGACUGCGGUGGCGACACCAUGUUAUCAAACAUGAGAGCCUUGAUUUUUGGGAUUGAUUUCAGGGCCAACGGCGCCUUUAUCACAGAACAGUUUGUCUUGGCAAAUUCGAACGACUUGCAAUCACACCCUUUACGAGUGCGUGUGAUCGGAUAUUAUAAGUCUUUCGGAGAAUACGGAGUCCACUCGGUUAUGAGGCACUCAAAAGACUCCACCAAGAACGACAUCGCAGUGCUGAGACUGAAUAAACCGGUGACGCUGACAGAUGGACUGAAACCGUUCUGCAUGUUGGGACACAACUACUACCAGCACAAUUUGAAAUCCUUGAACUCAGAAAGUGUGCAAACGAUCUCUAUAGAACGAUUUACACAAAUGAACUUUGCGUGA